AUGCAAGCAAACGCCGGCCAUAAGUCUUCGCUAUAUCUGGAGACAGAACCACUCUCUAAACCCCAACCCCACCUCGUACCCUCGACAUAUACUGAGGUGAAUGUGAUCUCGUUGGGUGUGCUUGCUGCAUCACGCAUCCUCAGCCGCAACAAAGGCCGCUGGACUAAGGACGAGCACGAGCGGUUUCUCUGCGUAGCGGGACAGUUGGGCAAGAACAAGGAGAGCUGGAAGUGGAUAUCUCAGGUUGUCGUUACCACGAGGUCGCCUGCCCAGGUUCGCACCCACGCCCAGAAAUACUUUCGGAAAAUCGGUCAGGGGCUGCCAUUUCCGGACGAGGUACGCAAAUCCUACGUACGUACGUAG